CGAUGUCUUCGUCGUUUAUGACGUCCCUGACGUCAUCUUGAGCCGUUGUGACGUCAUAUAACACCAUCAAUACCACGAAUAAAAAUGAGAAGAAUUAUAUAAAUCAACAUACGCAUCGCUGUACAGGAAAAAUCCGGAAGAUACAAAAUGUCGACCAAAAUAUCAUCAGCUUGUAAGUCUGAGUGUCGACGCUGCUAACCAAGUGAGAUCCCGCAACCACCCUGAUUAUAUCGGUACUCGAAAGUUUGUGCGACCCCCUGGUCUUGACCAUGAUUACCCCAUUUGUUUGGGGCUUGGUAGUUACGUGGAUGUCCCAUUACAAAACACAGAUAAGCCAAUCGUGCGAACGGACCCGCCACAGAAAUGUAAUCUAGCAGCAAGCAGUCCAGUUAAAAGUUCGCGAAAACCCCGCAAAGAGGAGGCCGAUGAAACAUUUGAAGACAAGAUAGUUCGACUACGUUGGGUGUCAACUACUAAAAGAGAAGAAGAAGGGAAUUGUCUUCCUGUGCCGAAGUGGGAUGUACCUUGUACUACACUGGAGGAUAACGCUGAUAUGGUUCGCCAACGACCGCAGAGGUAUGAACAGACGGCCUGUGAUUGGCAGAAUUUGUCACGUGCUUGGAACAAAAUACAGCCUUGCUCAAACAUUGAUUCAAGUGGUUCAGUAUCGCAGAAAACGGUCCCUAUGGGCAAAGGCACCGUUUGGGACAGACGGCAGAAGAUUAUGGACGAUUUGCGACGAAAGUCAAAACCUGCAACGAUUGCUGAUCAAUGUCGCCUUCGCAAACUUCCAGGAUUUGCAGGUUUUGUACCACGUGAGCCGGUUGAAAGCCGAUUCGAUCCGAGUCGUUCCGAAAUAUUCCGAAGUUCAGCUAGCCGUGUAUACAGGGCAUUUCCCCAUGACGUCAUGAACGACCCAAGAACAAUGACCAAUCACCGUAAAGCUCCCUUGUCACGCAUGAUUACACUCGUGUAUCCUAGCAACCCAUUCAAAAUCACUCCCAGCACCAUGCACACGUCAAUUAACCCAGUUUACAAUUAACUAAAACUUCAAAUUUCUAUAAACUUAAAAAUAAACAUUAUCGAUAAACAUGGUUUACCCUAUUGAGUUCGCUACAAAGUGAAUCAUUAAGAAGAAUAUGCUUUCAGUAAAGUAUUCGCAUAAUAUGAUGGCGAGUAAAUUUUUUAAAUCACCUCGUUAACUCUAGUUAAUAGCUUAACCAUUUCGAUCAAAAGGUCCCAUUUUCUUUUCACAUGCGAUUAAACCCAUAAGUCUCAACUUUAAACUAUACAUCGUAUACCACAACGUUAUUAUUUUAACACUGUACACUAAACGGAAGUUUCUUAAUCCCGUUUUACAACCAACAUGCAGAAUAUGUUUUCGGUAUUUUUUAUAACUUACACAUUAACACAACAUACAUAACUUUUAACACAGCAAUGUGUGACCUGAACACAUUUCUUUAAAUCUCAAAGAUUGAUACCAUUUUCUGACACAUUCUUUCUAGUGACGUCACGGCACACGCUGGUGAUAUCACGAUGCACCUGCUUUAUAAAAUGACGUCACGACACACGUAAUUUGAACUUUUUUUAUUCCAACGUUUUAACAAUGCACACAUACAUAUAUAUAUAUAUAUAUAUAUAUGUGUGUGUGUGUGUGGUAUAUAAUGGGUAAAUUGAGGCACAAAUAUAAAAAGUCAAUGCGAGUUAUAUUUACAAUACACGAUCAAGACGUCAUUACACGGUGAGUUAUUUGCAUCGAUUACUUAUUGCAAUUUUGGCAGUUGGCCAAAAGUUAAUUCUAAUAAAAAAACAAGUUUUAAAUUCUCGUCACAAUCGUAGUAAAUCCUGGCGAUGCAUGGUCGGGCCCUCUCGGUUGUCGCGUUACACUACAACUAUUAUGACGUAAC